GAACGGGAAAAAAGCAGAAGCUGCAGUUCUCUUUCUCUUUUUCCGCUGUGAUGUGAAGACGAGUGGCUUUGCGUUUUUAUUUUAUCAAUCAGAGGCGUUUUCCAAAAGCAAAGAGCAUACAACACACAACAAGAGAAGAGUUCAUCAGCCCUCGGACGGCCAGCAGCACCGUCACCAUUGCUGUCAGUCAGUCGCACCGCGAAGUGAGUGAGAAAAGCACAUCGGGCGGUGUAAAGGAAAAGCGCAGCAUUUGCAGAGCCGAUACCCGCGUUGUGCAUGUGUUGUGUAAAAGUAUAGAGUGAACCAACCAGUCAGUCAGUCUGUGAGCAGUGUAGAAGGGAAAAAAUCGAACUAGAGCAAGGUGCAUUUUUCGUUUCAUUCAAUCAAUUCGCUGGCUGAAGCAAAAUUUCGGGCUCUCGACGGUGUACAAAAGAAGUGACAUUGGAUUUUUCCGGAAACCCGAAACAAGUGAAAUUUUAUCUUUUGUCGCAUUCGGAACGAAGAAUCACCGGAUUCUUUUAUUGUCGAGAUCUGACGAACGGCUAUGGAUCUGCUGCGGGCAGUAGAACGACAGAAAAUUUCCGCAUCAGCAGCAGAAAACCGCAGCGAUCGAAGUAGCAGCAGCAAGAUGGACUCCGUCGCCGUCGUCGUAGUGGAAACGAAGCGCUGCUAGCCGAGCUGAGCUUUUUUUGUGGAUUUGCUUUCAGUAAACGGAAUAACAAGGAAUAUAAUUGUCGCAGUUACGGGAUUUUCUACGCUACGAACUAGCUAAGGAGCUAUCCAUUGGAACCUACUAGAACCGUUGGGAAACAACAGUCAAGCUGCCACCAUUAGCGAGCAUUUCGCUUCAGCAGCCGGUCGCCCUUGGGACGACAGUUCCGUACGGGAAAACACCAGCAGAGGAAGGAUUCGCGAUAGCCGCGUUUAGAAGGGUCAGUGCGGCAAACGGACCAACAGCAGCCGCAGUAGGAGAAGCAACAGUCGCUGCCAACAACAACAAUCAUAAACGACGACGACAGCAGCGAAGCACUGGCCCUGGAAGUACUAGAACAGCACUACUACCAACAGAAGAAUCACGGGGGCGAAAACGACGACGACGACGACGACAACGUUGCGGUCCUGCGUCCUCCUUUAAUAUCACAGUUCCCGUUCGGAAGAUGGUCGUAGCAUCAACCGGUCAUGGCAGUGGCAGUAACAGUAAUAGCAGCAGCAGCAGCAGCAGUGGUUCAAAUUUUGCCUCUCACACAACCCAUCAACCUCGCAGCAGUGGACACGGGGCCGGCAAUCAGCAGCAACAACAGCGUGGAUCCGGCGGUGCCCAGAUGGGUGUUGGUGGAACCGGAGUCACUAGCGGGACGGGAAUGACACCGAAGGAACUGUCGGAUAAUGAUGAUCUCGCGACCGGCCUGGUGCUGGAUCCGAUAUUGGGCUUUCAGACGCACAAGAUGAACCUCAAGUAUCGACCGCUGCGGGUCAACACCGAUCCCAUUAAGGAUCUGAUCGAGGAUUUUAUCCGAACGCAGAACUACGCCAAAUGCUACCAGCAGCUGAUGAAGGGAAACUGGAUUCCGCGGACGGUGCUGAACAAGAGCAAGCUGGCACAGAAGCGACUGGAAGCGCACAUUUAUCGAUACCUGCGCGUGUUCGAUCGCAACGCGGGCUUCGUGAUUGAAGGAUGCUACCGGUACUCGCUGGAGGGCCAAAAGGGGGCCAAGAUUUGCUCGACCAAAAAGUGGCUGAAGAACGAAAAAAUCGAAUGUUUGGUUGGUUGUAUUGCCGAACUGACGGAGAAGGAGGAAGCAAUGCUGUUGCAGCCCGGCAAAAAUGACUUCUCGGUGAUGUACAGCUGCCGGAAGAAUUGCGCCCAGCUGUGGCUUGGACCGGCGGCCUACAUCAAUCACGAUUGUCGGGCCAAUUGUAAAUUUGUUGCCACCGGGCGGGAUACGGCGUGCGUCAAGGUGCUGCGGGAUAUCGAGAUCGGCGAGGAAAUUACCUGUUUCUACGGGGAGGACUUUUUCGGCGAUAACAAUCGAUACUGUGAGUGUGAAACGUGCGAACGGCGUGGGACGGGGGCUUUCGCCAAGGACAAAGAUGACGAGGAGCAAAGCCCGAACGGUGUCCGCUAUCGACUGCGGGAAACCGAUAAUCGGUUGAAUAGACUGAAAAGUAAGAACAAUCAGGUGGAGCACGGAAAAACGACGAUUGGGAAAAGUGAACCACCGUCGGCACUGGCAGCGCUCAGCAUGAAGGAGUUACGAGAGAAAGGAAUGACCAAAUAUGAUGCGGAAAUGCUGCUGGCACAACAGAAUCAUCAUUCUCCCAGGAAAGCCCCCUCCGAACCGAUGGACGAUCAGAAAGAACCCAAGGCUAGUAAAGUGUCUCCUUCGGCGGCUGGGACGGCAGAAUCGGCGAACGACAAAAGAGCUACCCGGUCGUCCCGGCGAUUUCAAGUCUCCUCCAGCGAAGAGAAAAAGCAACCGGCAACCGGUGGUGGGAGUACGCCCCCGGAGUCAACGAUUGAGGAAGCGGCCACUCCGAUUCCGCCAAGAAGCACACGAAACCUAGCUACUAACCGGCCAGUGCGGGAGAAUGGCCGCCGUCGGUACAGCAGCAGCAACAGUAGCGUCAACACGGACAUCUCCAGUAUCCUGUCGUCGACGUCGUCGUUUGUGACGGCCAGAACUUCGGUGCCGACGGCAGCCGAACGUAAAAUGAUGCCUCGGAUAAGCAAAACCCAGUCGAACGACGACGAUGUCAUCGUGAUCGACGACGACAACAAUAGCAACCACUCGUUCGCUUCCAAGAGUAGCUGCAGUGGCAUCUCGUCGCUUUCGAAAGGUCACCAACCACCGAAGAACGACAACAACGGCAGCAUCUAUGUGUUCAAUGAUCUCCUGGAAAGUGGCACCCUGAACGGUUACACACUGAGAAAUCAUCACUACAACAACAACAACAACGGUAGCAGCCAGGAGCAGCAGCAGCAGCACGAUCAAUCCGCAUCGAGUACUGCGCCUACGAAACGUCGCUCAGCAAGGUACUGGCCAGUGGAGCAAAUCAGUCCUCGGGUGACCAGACGGAAGCAGCGACUGUUGAUCGAGGGUAGCAACGAUUCGACUGUCUCGACGGGGCCAGCUUCCCAACCAACACCGACACCGGAACAUCAAUCUCCUCCACCGUCGGUUAGUACCGAUCUCACGUCCACAUCCGGCAGUAGCGCUGACAGUUCCAACCGUGGCAAUCGACGGAAGCAGAAACUACAGACCCGGGUGAUGCUGGCCGACGAAGAAGCGGCACUGCAGAAACAAGUUCAGGAAGCGGACGAACUCGAACGGAUCGGUCGUGUCCCGCGUCGGCUGAUACUGGACGACGAAGAAGCGGAAGCGGAAGACGAGGACGAUGUCCGGCGGUCGAAAGUAGCAACCCAUUGUGAUGAUACUAAUGAUAGUGCUAAGUUGUUGUUAAGAGACGAUGUCAUCGUGCUGAGCAGUGGAAGCAGCAGCAACGGGAGCACUAGCGGUAGUGAAAGUAAUAGUCGUAAGGCAUCCACUAGGGAUAGGAACGGUAGCAUUAUUAGUGUAGAUAAAGAACACGGACCGGUGGCCUCGGUGGUGGCCGUGACCGUUGGUGGUGGCGGCGAUGAGCUUGCUUCGAAAACAGUGAUCGGUUCGCGGAAGCGCAAAGUGUCGAAAAGUGAGUCGGAGAGUAGUUCGAGCUGGGAGAACAAAGUGCCGGUUCAAAAGCAGCUGCAGCUGCAACAACCGAACCCGGAGACACUGUUGAAAACACCGGAACGACGUCUGAAACUGACGCUGCGUAUGAAGCGCAGUCCGGUGAUUGAUGAAAUUAUCGAAUCAGGUACUAGCUUAAGCGAUGACACUUGCAGUACGCACCACAAUUACAAACCGGAGUACGAGAUACUGCGGGUGGAAGGGAUUGCGGAUGGUAGCGAGAGGGAAGAUGAUGAUGACGAUGACGAUGAUGAGCUGGACGACGAGUUGACGUACAGCAGCAGCUGCAGUAGCCGGUUGUCUCAGAAGCGCAAGAAGCGUCACAAAUCGAAAGAAUCCCGACGGCACCGGAAGCGCGCGAAACGUGAACUUCGUCGUCAUGCUCACUAUCAUCACCACCACCAUCACCAUCAUCAUCAUCCACCUCCGGCGAUGCACCACCAUCACCAUCAGUCGUCGCAGCAGCAGCAGCAACAGCAGCAACAGCAGCCACAGUUGCUGCAUCAACAGCAAUUAUCUACGCACCACCACCAUGGUCAGCAACAGCAGCAGCCAUCGGUCAUUCUGCAGCCAUCCGCCCUGGGACCGGUGACUGCUGCUGUUACUGCGGCUGCUGCUGCUGCUGCGGCGGCGGCUAAUCAGCAAACCCCUCCGAAACAACGGGCGUCGCUUGAUUUUCCCGCACCAACCAAACGGCUCCGGUUGAUAUUCGGUAACGAAACGCGUACAAUCGACAUUCCACCGACAGCGAAAAUCUCCGCAUCGUCGUCUCCGUCGACGCCGAGCUCCCUGCCACUGUCUCCAGCGGUCAGUUUAACGCCAAAUAGUCUCAACAGUUCCAUCGCUAGCAGCAGCAGCACCGUCAACAACACCCCGGGGGUGAUUGUUAGUCCGUCGCGAACGCUCGCCACUCAGUUUCCUUCCUUCAAUACCUUCUCCCGGUCCCCACCGGCUCCCCUGUCGGUGGUGGCCGCACAACCUUCCCAACAACCAGCAACGCAGCAUCUCUUCACCAGCAGCACACUGAAUCCAAUCUCGUUCCUUCAAAGCAACAAUCUGUCGCAACAAUUUCAACACCAUUCCCAUCCCCAUCAUCAUCAUCAUCAGCAUCAUCAAAAUCUAUUUCAGUUUCAGACUCAGUCUGAAUCCCAACCUCUAAACAAUGUCAUUCAACAUACUGCUUUGCUACAGCAGCAGCAGCAGCAGCAUCAAAAGCAACCCCAGUCGACGAAUCUAAAUCACCAUCACCACCACCAUCCACGAUUCGGCGAACAUCUCAGCCACAACCUUCACCAUCUGAAUCAUUCGCACUUGACGGUGACGGCAGCGGGAACGGCUGCCGUCGGUGCUGCUGCUGCAGCAGCCGUCAGCACUGCCACCACUCCUACCAAAUGCAGUCCGUAUCAGCAGCUGGCGGCACUGACCACGGCCCAACCGGGUGUCGCUACCUUUAACUGACGGCUGGGGAUGGGUAAAUUGCAACGGCGAUAGUGGAGACGGCGGUGCGGAGACAGAGGCGCUGAUGUGAGACAGAAGUGUGGGGGAGAGGGCUGCUGAAAAACGGUUCCUGUGGGUGCAACAGGUCGGAGAGGGUUGUAUUUAUAUUUUUGCUAUUUACCACAUUUGACAGACUUGGAUUCUGUUCAAACAUUCCUCGUUGGUUACCUCGCGUCAUACCACUGGAAACGUUGUUUAGCAAUUAAAAUUGGUGAUCACAUUUCCGAAGUUUUCUCGGCGUUUCGUCCGGAACUUCACAGGGAAGCCAUCUCGGGUCGUUCAUAUUUUUACUGUACUUCAACGAUGUCAACUUUUUUUUCUGGAUGGUACUCACUUAUCGUUAGCGCUGAGGAUGUCCCGACCAGGAAGCAUUCUUAGUGUCAGUAGGAUCGUAGUAUCGGCCAUGUAGUGAUUCUGUACGCUAUGAAGGCGGAUUGUGUAGUUAGAUAGGAUCGUUUUGACGAGAGGAGAGUUGUUCCUUAUUGAUUCUUUUUCAACCUUAGGUAAAUAAUUAUAAAAAAUAGUCACUGUACUGAGCGUACAUGAAACCAAAGCCCCUAGAGGACUAAAAUAAAGUCUUCAACUAGCGGACAUAUUAUUAUUUUUCUUUUCACUUGGCAUUUCUGUUCAAAGCUUGAUUUAAAGGAAUAUUGAAAAGGUGGGUGGGUAAUGUUAGAGACAUAACCGGAUGACGUGAAUACGAAUGAAAUGGAUAAUUAAUUUUCUUUGGUGUUAAAAAAUCAACCUUGGACCUGGAAUUCCGGAGCUUUUGAGCCGAAUGCUUGAACCGAAUUCUGAAACUCAAUUUUGAUGCUAUGUUCUGGAACUGAAAUAUGAAUAUAAGUUCGGGAACUGAACACUGAAACAGAAUUGUAGAACUGAUCACUGAGUCUGUUUUGUGGAACUGAAUUCGAGACAAGGAUUUUGGUUCGGGGCUGAACACCAAACCAGAAGUCGAAAUGCUGCUGCAAACCAGGCUGCUCAGGAUACGGUUUUCAAAUUCGGAUCCAGAGUUCAGCUCCCAAACUCAGUUCUACAAUCUUGAUCCAGAAUAUAGUUCCAAAAUCUUCAGAAUCCUAAAUCCUAAAAUAAAUCUGGAUUCUCUCCGGCGAACGACAGCAACUAGGUUAAAGCCGAGUAAAAAUAAACUAUAAAAAAAAUCUGGAUUCUGGAAUGCAUUUAAAAACCUAAUUCUGGAAUGACUACUGAACUCUGGAUCCGAAUUCCGGUCCUGAAUUAUGGUCUGAGGUUCCUCAACUUCAGGUUCAGAACUCAGUUUUAUAAUUCUGAUUCUAAAUCUGAAUUCCAGUUAUGAAUUGAGGAACCGAACUCUGAUUAGAACCUAAAUUUCAACUUCAGAAUUCUUUUUCAUAAUUCAAAUCCAAGUCUACAGGGUCCGGCACUCGAAGUGUAACCAAUUAAAAAUGCCAUAAAUUCAGUUUGGAAAAUUACUUUUACUUAAUUCAAAGUACAAAAUGUGUAAAAAUAAUGCAAAAUCCAGAAUCAAUUCACUUUUGCUCGAUAUGACCACCUUUUGCCUUGACUAUGGCCUUGAGACGGUCAAAAAACGAAUCGCAAGCUGCCCGAAUGUGACUUGCAGGUGUAUUUUGGCCCACUCGCGGACAAUAACUUUUUUCGGCGCCUCGAGACUGGUGUAUCUUUUAGUUCGGACUUUGCUCUCCAAAAUGGCCCAAAGAGAAUAAUCCGUUGGAUUCGCAUCUGGUGAAUUCGAGAGCCAUUGUGUGGACGUGAUGAAGUUCGGAACGUUGUUUUUCAGCCAUUCUUGGUUCACUCGAGCUUUGUGAGACGGUGCCGAGUCCUGCUGAAACGUCCAUGGUCUGCCACCGAAAUGUUCACGGCUUCAAAGCAACCUCCAGAAUACUUUCCCGAUAAUAUGUCGCAUUUACCUUGACGCCAGGCUCGAAGGUCUGAAGUUGGUUACACUUCGAGUGCCGGACCCUGUAGAAUGUAUUUCCGAAUCUUCCCGGUCCAGAUCUAGAUUCAAGAUCCUGGCUUAGAAUCAAGCUUUGAAAGUCGGUUCCUGUUCCAGACCUCUGGAAUUGGAUUCUGGCCCUGGAAUCUGGACGAGGUAUUGAAUUUUAGAGCUGGAUUUAGGAAAAAUAUUUGCUCUUGGAUACCAGAGCUACAUUUUAGAAUUGAGCACUACAAUUUUAUUUAGGACCUGAGUCUGAGCUUUUUCAUAAUGUUCCCCAUCAUUGUCCACUUUUCGUUGUAUUUUGCUCCAAUGUAAACGACCAGCAGCUGAAUGACGCGAUCGAUCUUCUUUGAAGAGGAACUGAACUGAAUUCUUGAUACUGAAACUGGAACUGAACUCUGGACCUAAACCAACCGGAAUGAUGCACUUGCUUUACUUUCUGCUCAAUCAACUGCGCAGGCUAGAAUGAUUGAAAUAUAUCAAGUGUAAACCUUUUAUACCCAGCCAUGUACGAGAAAGGCGUCAUGCGUUUGCUUCUUUGAUACUCGUUGAUACCAAACAUUUCAGAAAACUUUCAUUUUGAAUUAUUUGUCAUUAUGUUAUUCAACUGAAAAUGUUAUCAUAAAUUUAUGAUCAUAUUUCCGAUGGAAUGUAGUAAAAAUUUUGUUGAUACGCUAGAUACAACAAGAAAUAUUCACGAUCAAAAACUUAUCACUCCCUCAGAGGGUAAAAAGGCGCCACAUAGUAAAGUAAGUCGUACCCACGACAAAAAAAAAACACUCAACGGAGGCGAUUUGGGUCUAUUCGAGUAACCGGGAAUUUUUAUCUCGUAAACCGGGAAAAUUGAAAUCGGCAAACCAGUUGCCACCCUGUGAUGUGUGCCACUCGGCUUUUUUUUAAAUAACUAUUUAUUGAAAUAUGAGUUAAAAUUAAAUUAUUAAGAUUUAAAUCAGCCACAAGUGGUUACUUUUCAGCCCUAUUAUAUAUAUGAUUUUUUUAUUACCAUGAGGACAUCAUUUGCUUCCGCAAUUCUGAGAUAUUGUGUAGGGAAAAUUAUAAACCUACUUGUAUUGUGUAAUGGGAAAAAGGAACUUAUAUACUAACUUACUAACUAAUACAGAGAGCGAAUCGAUUCAAGUGUAGAUUGCAUCGAUGUGUGUAACUCAUUUGUACUAAACCAGGGAGGACGCUUCAAAAUCAUUUUCCGAAUUUUAUUCUGAAUCCUUUGAAGCGUUUUCUUCUUGGUGGAACAACAACAGUGAGUUUUUGGUCAUAUGUUAAACCUAAGUAUUUAGCUUGAUCAGACCAUGUCAAUUCCAAGCCAUUCAAUUUGAGAAUGUGAUUAUUGUUUGGUUUAAGAAAAGAAGCUCUUGGCUUAUGAGGAAAGAUAAUUAAUUGCGUUUUUUCUGCAUUUGGUUUAAUUUUCCAUUUUGACGGAUAAUCACUGAAAAUAUUUAAACUUCUUUGUAGGCGACUGCAGAUCACUCUUAGAUUUCUACCUAUGGCUAACAGACUUGUGUCGUCACAGAACAGCGAUUUCUGACAACCAACGGGUAGAUUUGGAAGAUCAGAUGUUAAAAUAUUAUACAAGAUUGGAGCUACGCUCGAACCCUGCGGAACACCGGCUCGUACGGGUCGCAAUUCAGAUUUACAAUUCUAAUAGCUAACCUGAAGAGUACGAUCAAUUAAAUAAUUUUGAAUCAUUUUGAUCAAAUAAAUAGGAAACUGGAAAUCAGACAUUUUUGCUAUUAAACCUUUGUGCCAAACACUGUCGAAUGCUUUUUCUAUGUCUAGAAGAGCAACUCCAGUGGAUAACCCAGAAGAUUUAUUUGCUUUUAUCAUGUUCGUUACUCUGACAAGUUGAUGAGUAGUUGAUGAGUUCAUGACGAAAUCCGAAUUGCUCUGGUAGAAAAAUUGAAUUCUCGUUUAUAUGAGACAUCAUUCUCAACAAGAUAAUUUUUUCAAAAAGUUUACUGAUAGAAGAAAGUAAGCUAAUUGGUCGAUAACUUGAUGUUUCUGCUGGAUUUUUAUCAGGUUUCAGGAUAGGAAUUACUUUAGCGUUUUUCUAUCUUUUUGGGAAGUAAGCUAAUGAAAAACACUUGUUGAAAAUUUUAACAAGGAGUCUCAAGGCAACAUCUGGAAGAUUUUUAAUAAGAAUAUUAAAAAUUCCAUCAUUACCAGGAGCCUUCAUGUUUUUAAGUUUCCUAAUAAUUGACUUAAUUUCAUCAAAAUUCGUCUCAAUAAUGUCAUCUAGUGAUAACACUUGGGUUGAAAUAUGCUCAUAUUUUAGUGAGACUUCAUUUUCAAUAGGACUCACAACGUUCAAAUUAAAAUUGUGUACACUCUCGAACUGCUGAGCAAGUUUUUGAGCUUUUUCGCCAUUUGUAAGAAGUAUUUGAUUUCCUUCCUUGAGAGCAGGAAUUGGUUUCUGAGGUUUUUUAAGAACCUUAGAAAGUUUCCAGAAAGGUUUAGGAUAAGGUUUAAUUUGUUCAACUUCUUUAGUGAAAUUUUCAUUUCGCAAAAGAGUAAAUCUAUGUUUAAUUUCUUUUUGUAAAUCCUUAACUAUGUUUUUCAUAGCAGGAUCACGAGAACGUUGAUAUUGUCGUCGACGAACAUUCUUCAACCGAAUGAGCAGUUGAAGAUUGUCAUCGAUGAUAGGAGAAUUUAAUUUAGUUGGAGCUUUGGGAACUGAAAGAUUUCUAGAUUCGAUAAUAUAAUGAUUCAAAUUAUCGAUUGCUGUGUCGAUGUCCGCAGAAUUUUCUAAAAUAGUUUCAUGAUCCACAUGAUUUUCAAUGUGAGAUCUGUAAUCCAACCAAUAUGCUCUAUGAUUGUUGAAUAUAGAACUAAUUAGAUUAAUUAUAGCUUUGUUGGAAAGUCUGAAUGUUACUGGAAGAUGAUCUGAGUCAAAGUCAGCAUGUGUAAUCGGUGUGCCACUCGGCUUAAUACUGAACAUCGCACGCCGAAUCGUCGACGAUUAUUCAUGGAGCGGAUAAUAAAGUUAAUAUUUCACCCAUCCGCUCUGCAUGAAGGCAGGUGUUUACUGAGCAAAAAAAUGAGACUGAGCCGAUAUUUUCUGUGCUAGCCUAUAUGUACUGUGCAGAACGUUGGGGUAUUUUGCCCCAUGCAUGACGCGCAAAACUAAGAGGAUGACAUCAUUAUGACAUGCUGUGAUUGGCUGAUUUGAUUCAAAACUGAAUUUUAAUGGUGUACUAUUGAAUUGUUAGAACAACGUGGCAAUACAUGUUCAAGUUAAAUGUUUCCGAAUCGAUUGAUGCUCCGAUUAAAUAAAUCCAUCCACCGAUCAACUUUCAAAGUUCGAUUUUUUGAUUGACAUGUGGUUCCGUAUAGUGAAAAUAGGGUAUUUUUAAUGUCAACUCUGAGCCCCGAUCUGUUGCGCAUCCCCCACCAACCAUUUCCAGAGCUUUCCUCGUAUUUCGUCACGUCUAGCGGGGGAAAUUUCGAUUGUUUUUUUUCUUUCUCUUCUGUCCUUUAGACAUCAGAAGCCGACAUCAGUCGCUUUUGAGAGUACUGGUGAGCUCCGGUAUGGCGUACAAUGCGUUCGCAGCAACAACAGCAACAGUGAAAACAACGAUGAAGGCGUAGGAGAAUGUUUAAUGAUAAUACAAAAGAAGAAAAAAAAUGUUAAAACCAACAACUAGCAAACAGAUAAGAGGGAGUAUGCUCUGCCUGCAUUCCGCGCCAGUCACUUUUGUAGUUAAGCAAGCUUCCUCCACCUGCAAAUCGCUUGAGUGUUCUUACGAGAGAGAGACUAGCUAAAAAUAAUUUUAAAAAAAAACUAAAAAUAAACCGAUAACGGAAACUCGAUUCCCCCACUUUAGUAAAUAAUUUAAAUCAAAUGUUUUUCGUUUCCGUAUUUUUUUGUUUGUUUGUUUUUUUUCUUUCUUCGCUAUCAAUUUGUUUCGCGAGACAAUAUUUAUAUAGGAACACUAAUAUAAUGUUUUUUCAACAUCCAAAACAAAAAAAAAACAUUGUUUUCUCACACACAAAUCACCAAUCUCAUCGUCACAUCGGUCGUCAACUCGCGGAUAGGCAAAACUAUUCUUGUAAAUAUAUUACGUGGAACAUUUUUUAGGCAAAUCGCAAAUGUGAACGGAGAAGAAGAAAAAAAAACCGACCCGUUUCCCGGGACCGGGAACGGGAACGAAUGUGUUCUAACCAAUAUUUUUCUAUGUUAGUACGUUACUUGUAGGCAAAUCCGGUAAACUACUUUUCCUCUGUAUAGCACGAAAUUCGUUCUUCCUUUCUUUAUUUUUUUUUUUGAACAAGCAUCGUUUUCGGAUGCCCCCCCCCCUCCCUCAUUUUUUUUCGGAUCCACCCGAGUUUUUGCAUCGUGCAUUUACUGGACUGACGUUUCCGAGCAACAGAAUAAAUAAAAACAAAAAAUAAACCGCAAACAACAGAAUGAUUAAAUAUAAUUCACCUAGCAUAUGUAUCAUCAUCGUACAUUGAAUAAGAAUUAACCUAGUACUGCCAGAAUAUAAAGAAUAAAUCAUACUACUUUAAAUAAAAAAGGAGCACGUGGCACGUUGGUUAGUAGACGGGGUCUCGGAGGGUGUUUCGAUUGGAGUCUCGUCGAUUGAAUUGACAAGUGCAUUUCCAAGCGACAUACAAACAGAAACGUUUCGACAUUCUUCUCCAGGCUCGCAAACGCGCAAACGACCCCCCCCCCCCCCCUAGCACCCGGUGUGCCUGGGGACGCUCGGUCGGCGCGCGCUCUGUACAUAGUCAGUAAGUAGAAAACGGAAGAAACAGAUAAAGAAUUAGAAACUUAGUUAGGUUGGUUAGAAUACGAGAAUGUUAUCGAGACGUACUUUUUUUUUGUUUUUGUUUUUUUUUCGUUUUCGGGUUUGGUUUGGUACUGCAAAUGGGGUAGCAAGCAAACCCAGCUGCGUGCUGCCGCUGGUGUACAGAGCAAAAACAAAAAAAUAACAAUAUCGCAGCUUUAGGAAGCGAGAGUCUGAGGAAGGGCUGUGCAGGAUCUUCCUUCUGUGCGGACCGUAACUGUCAAACAUUUAGCCGGUAAUGCGACAGCAGGAUAUGUAAAAUAGCAUUAGCAAGCACUAUGAUACAUAAUUUUGUGAUAAAAAAAAAACAUAAAUAAAGAAUUAAAACUAAAAAAACCUUUGUAUAAUGGAGAUAAUUCAUUUAAUAUGCGUAAAACUACUGCAAGAAGCCAAGGAGAACAUUGUAAAAUGCUGAACAGCACUGGGGGAAAGAAAAUAUAAUUCAUUACUUGAAUUUGUAACAAGAGAAAUAAAAACAAAACAAAAAAAAACAAGCAUAGUUUGUAGUAUAGAACGAAAACAAAACAAUACACGUGUAAAUCUAAACAAAACAAAAAAAAUAAGCUAGAACAGAAAAUCUGCUGGUAUAGAAAAGAGUAAUGGCAUGUAGAAUGGAAACAAAAAAAAAUAGUACUAAACAUAAACCAACAGCUACUGCGAUCAGUAACUAAAUAUAACGCAAAGCAACAACAACAACAACAGAAAAUAAAAGAAAAUCUUUUCAAAACAA